AGUGGCAUAUACUGGUCCUCACUAACGCUUACAUUAUUUAUAACAGUCCAAGGCAACAAUUGUAUGUAUCCUACCGAAGCUGCCUUUGAUUCUUCUUUCCAGUUUUUUGGCAACAUCUCGAGUGACCAAUGUAAUUGGUGCUAAUUAAGUCAAUAGACUCACUACUCAAAAAUGGAAAACACUAUAUAACUAUGCUCCCAUAUGUUAAAUUAACGACACUACUUACUUUCUUGGUCAUUACAAUUAUUUUUCUUUCUUUGUAAACUAUGGAAUCAAGAUUGCUUGUGGUUACUCAAUCGGGUAGUGUUGGUGAUUUAUAUUCUCUUAUUCGGGCGGAUCCACACAUUCUUCACAACGUCGACGUUUUGCCUUUUAUCCACACACCUCUCCACGAAGCGUCAUCUGCUGGGAAGAUGGAUUUAGCAAUGGAACUGAUGAUGCUAAAGCCAUCUUUUGCCAAGAAACUAAAUGAGGAUGGCUUUAGUCCGUUGCAUCUCGCUGUUGAGAAUCAGCAAGUUGACUUAGCACUAGCGCUAGUCAAGUUUGAUCCCAGUCUUGUUCGUUAUCAUGGAAGAGGAGGUAUCACACCAUUCCAUCUUGUGGCAAAGAAAGGUGGCGUCGAUCUUCUUACAGAGUUUCUUCGAGCAUGUCCUGAAAGCAUUAGAGAUGCGAACGCCAAUGGACAAACUGCUUUACACAUCACCGUCAUGAACAAAAGGUAUGAAGAGCUCAAAAUUCUAACAGGGUACAUGCAGAGAAUGCGCAAAAGUGAUGCUGCGUACACUGAGAAUGACGUCCUGAACAGGCGCGAUCGUGAAGGCAACACGGCUUUGCACCUAGCGGCAUACGAGAACAAUCACGAGGCAGUAAAACAGUUGUUGAAAUGCAUUUCACUGUACCGGAACAUCCAGAACAAAAGUGGCAUGACAGCCCUUGAUGUCUUACGAGCCAGUGGAUCUCACAUGAACAAAGAUACAGAGAAAAUGUUACAGAAGUCAGGGGGUAAGAGCGGGUACUCUAUAUCUAAAGAAAAGAAGACUACACCGAUGUCUGUCUUCUUGAGAAAACCCGUCACUUUCUUGGAAUAUUGCUCUACGGGAAUGGCACGUUACAGGAGCCGCAUGUCAGAUGGAGCAAGGAAUGCUCUUCUAGUGAUAACAGCUCUUAUAAUCACAUCUACUUAUACUACCGCAAUCCAACCACACGAAAAAGACAAACUAAAUAAUCAAGAUCACGUAGAACUCUUAUUAGAGAUUUUUCUACUAUGGAUAUGCAAUACUGCAGCCUUUUGCUCAUCAAUUGCCUUCACAUAUAUACUCUUACCACUUGGUAAAGCAUAUGCUUGGUGGUUUCUCUUUAUCACUGCACCUCUCAUGGGAUCUUAUGCAAUUUCAAUUUACGUGAAGUAUAGACGGAUCACUGCGAUCUCAGACUUGUUCACCUACUUGUAUCUGAGUAUCGUAUUCUGUUUCCUCGUGUAUUUCUUCAUAUUUUACGUGAAAUGGAAGAGGACUACGAAUAAGAAGAUACAAAAACCCAGAAAUGAGCUGAUGUCGCAACAGUUUAAGAUCAUGGUUUAGCCAUUUGAAGUGUUCGUUCUUUGUUUUUUUUGUUUUCCUUCUUUGUUCUCUGUAAAAUUUUGUUUGUUUUCAACUUUAUCCAACAUAUAUAGCUUUGUAUUUUGGAAAACACUCUUAAAUAUUGUAUCUUUUGAAUAAAAAUUACGUGUUUAAGGUUA